GGCAUGAAAACUGUAAAACUUAUUUUUGUCUUUUUUAAGCCUCUUACUUAAAUCUGAUGAAAUACAUUAUUUAAAAAGUAAAAAAUUUUGUUUUUUUAUCAAUCCAUUAAAUUUAUGGUUUUAUUUUGGGGCUUUUCUUCCCCUUGGUAAAAAUUAUAUUUACUAAUAUGUAGGCCACUAAUCAAUUUUUGCCAACUAACGAAAUAUAAUAAUUUUAGUAGAUAUCGAUUAUAUGAAUAUUUUUAUUUUCCGGAUACCAAUAUAAUCAAGAAACUGGGAACUUUACAAAUAACUGAAAAUCAAUUUAAAUAAAAGUAAAUAGUUUAAUAAUUUUCCUCUAAACUAUAAAAAUCACUUAGUUUCUUUUAGUCAUAAUUCAUUCAUUUGUAUUAUUCUCAAAUUUCAUUCGCGUUCGUAUUACGAACGCAUAGACGGGACUAUGCUUUACUCUGUUGUUAACGUCAUGCGCCAAUCGGACGAGCUUACGUAACUAGAAUAUCAGGGUGUGCAUAUUUCCGGGUCCCGGUGAAUUCGUAUCUAUUUUAAUCCCCAUCCUAAUUACAGACCAACUGGCAACUCUGGUGCGCAGGUAAUUUUUAAAUAACGCAUUAACUACCGGUGAAUUGGUAACUUUCAUUUUUUAAGUAUUGUUGAUAAUCUAAUAUCGGUAUUCCAGGUAUUUAGCGCUACACUCCUAGAAAAUGGAAAAAAUGUCACAGGAAGUGAAACCGAUGAUGAAACGAAACGCAACAGAGAAAACUUGGAUGAUUGUUUUAAUAGAAGUAAAAUUAAAAAACGGUCACCAAGCAAAGCAGGCAACGAAAACAAGGAAGACAUGGAAAAUGUUAUGAUUACAAUAAUGAAAGAGCUAAUGAAUAAAAACGAUGAAAUGCUUCAGGAAAUAAAACCAAUAAGGAAAGAAUAACAACAAACCAAUAAAGAGUUAAUGGGUGUAAAAGCAGAGAAACAAAAACUAAAAAAAGAAGUAAAACAGCUACAUGAAUGAAUGGAGCAACUGGAGAAAUUUAGCAAAAAGAAAAGCUUGAUCGUAACUGGGUUGAAAGUAGAAACAAAUGAUUAUAAGAAAUUAAAAGAAGAAAUGGAAAAUUUCAGAGCCCAAGAGUUGCAAAUACAAAUAAAACUAAGAAGUGCAAAAAAAAUAGGAGAAACAGUAUGCGCAAUAGAAACAGAAGCCCUCACGGAUAAAAUGGAAAUCCUAAACAAGAAACGUAAACUAAAACAGCAUAAAGAUCGUAUCUAUAUAAACAACGAUUGGACAUCGAAAGAAAAAGAAAUACAAAAGGAAAUAACUAAAAUAGCAAAGGACGAAAGAAGCAAAGGUAAGCAAACGAAAAUCGGCUACAAGAAAUUAAUAGUGAAUGGCAAAAUCUAGAUAUGGGACGAAGAGAGAGAGAACAGCUGAGAGAAAAUUCAAAAAACUAAUAAACGAAGAACAGCGGCUGAAAUAUGAUAUUGACAUGGCAAAAAAAGACUCGGAAAUGCAAACGGUUAACGAAAACAAAAUAACGCACACAAAAUAAAGAAAGAAUCUCAAUAAGAAGAAAAGAACAAAACCCAUUAGAAUGGGCUCUUGGAAUAUUAGAACCAUGCUGGCAGCAGGUAAGAUGCAAUAAAUAGCUCUUGAAAUGAAAAAAUACCAACUAGAAAUCCUAGCCGUACAGGAAAUACGAUGGAAGAAAGAAGGAAAAAUUGAGAAGAAAAACUUUAGCAUGUAUUAUUCGGGAGAAAACAAACAGGGAACGAAUGGUACGGCAUUUAUGGUGAACAAAAAAAU